CGCGGCGGCCGGCUUCUUCUCGCCUUCCGACAGAACUCCUUUUGCUUAAAGUUUCUCCCGGGCCUCGUCGUGGGAUAGCGCCUCAAACCGGAAGUCCUUCCGGGAGAGAUUCUCCUCUUCCACACGUGGUGGUGGUGGGGUCUUCGGAAGGCGGAUUGACUUCCCCCGCGACGGCGGAAAAUGAGGGUGAAGGUUCUGAGCAGGAACCCGGACGACUAUGUGCGCGAAACCAAGCAGGACCUUCAGCGGGUUCCACGAAAUUACGAUCCUGCGUUACAUCCAUUUGAAAUUCCACGGGAAUACACAAGGGCACUAAAUGCAACUAAAUUAGAUCGCAUAUUUGCGAAACCUUUCCUUGCAUCGUUAGAUGGUCAUCGAGAUGGAGUUAAUUGCAUGGCUAAACAUCCAGAGAGCUUGUCUACAGUUCUGUCUGGAGCAUGUGAUGGAGAGGUUAGAAUCUGGAACCUGAUGAAGCGUGUAUGCACCCGUACAUUGCAAGCACAUGAGGGCUUUGUAAGAGGAAUGUGUACCCGUUUUUGUGGCACCUCUUUCUUCACUGUGGGUGAUGAUAAAACAGUGAAGCACUGGAAAAUGGAGGCACCAGCUUAUGGGGAAGCAGAAGAACCAAUAAAUACCAUUCUUGGAAAGACAGUGUACACUGGAAUUGAUCAUCAUUGGAAGAAACCUAUAUUUGCUACUUGUGGUCAUCAGGUUGAUAUCUGGGAUGAACAGAGAACUAGUCCUAUAUGUUCUUUGACUUGGGGAGUCGAUAGCAUAAACAGUGUUAAAUUCAAUCCAAUUGAGAUGAAUCUUUUGGGAAGCUGUACUUCAGACAGAAAUAUUGUGCUGUAUGAUAUGAGACAAUCAACUGCCCUAAAGAAGGUCAUUUUGGAUAUGAGAACAAAUACACUUUGCUGGAAUCCUAUGGAAGCUUUCAUUUUCACUGCAGCAAAUGAGGAUUACAACUUAUAUACUUUUGAUAUGCGGUUCCUUGGCAAGGCUUUAAUGGUUCAUAUGGACCAUGUGUCUGCAGUCCUGGAUGUGGAUUACUCCCCCACAGGAAAAGAAUUUGUGUCUGCCAGCUUUGAUAAAUCUAUUCGCAUUUUUCCUGCAGAUAAAGGUCAUAGCAGGGAGAUCUAUCAUACAAAGAGAAUGCAACAUGUCAUCACUGUCAAAUGGACAUCAGACAAUAAAUACAUUUUGUGUGGCUCUGAUGAAAUGAACAUUCGUUUGUGGAAAGCAAAUGCUUCUGAAAAGCUGGGUGUGCUUACUCCCCGAGAGAGAGCUGCUAUUAACUAUAAUCAGAAACUGAAAGAAAAAUUCCAGCAUCAUCCCCAGAUCAAGCGCAUAAAUCGCCAUCGUCACUUACCAAAGAUGAUCUAUAGUCAAGCCAAAGAGCUACGCAUCAUGAAAGAAGCUCGUCGGCGAAAGGAACUGAACCGUCGUAAACAUAGCAAGCCUGGAUCUAUACCACUUGUGUCAGAAAAGCAGAAACACAUUAUGGCUGUAGUAAAAUAAACAUAUAUAAAAUUACUAUGGGCAUGAUUUAUAUGUGGGAUAUAUUUCUUUUUUAUAAUAUAUAAUUAAAACUCUUGCUUUUUGAUAUUACGAGAAUAAUAAAUUGAGACUAGUUUCUAUAGUGUGGCUAAUUGUGGUAUCUUUAUAGUAUUUAUUUGCUGCAUUGCUUGUAAAGAGCGAGAGUGAAAGUAUCUUGAAAAGUUCAUGCAAAUACUGCAUACUAGAGGAGACGGAACUAACUCAGAAUGUUGCAAUAAGUUUUCUAAAAUGUUAAGUUGUAGUGUCUUAAAAGAAUGUGAAUAAAAGUAUUCUUAGAAUGGCAAAUUUGCUUCCCAAAUAUUUGGAUACCAUUUAAUUUUAAAACCUGUGUCAAAUCCCCUUUCUAUUGUAAACUACGUCUAUUGGAAGUAUGUAUCCUAAUUCAGCUAUCACAAGUAGUCCCCAACUUAUCACAACUGAGCCCAAAUUUCUGUUGGUAAGCAAGACAUUUGUUAAGUGAAUUUGACCACAUUUCACAACCAUU